AUGUACCUACAAGUUCUUGCCACGCUUUUCGCAGCACUAGUCACCUGUGUUAUUGCAACCGUCGAUCAUGACAAAAUCAAACCCUUUCCUCAACCCGAACCGGCCACAAUUUCUGAAAAAGCUGCCAUCAAGUUCAAGCCACAGCUGUACAUUCCAGAGGGCGUGUGCGUGUCGUAUCCUGCUGUGAAUGAUGCCGGUGAAACCACUGGAGGCCUCAAAGGGACGAACGGCAACGACGCAUGCAAGUAUGCUCCGUUGGGAUCCCAAGUCUAUGGUCGAGCUGGGUGGUAUAAGGAUGUAUGGGCCAUCAUGUACGCUUGGUACUUCCCGAAAGGUUUUUGGAUGAACUUCCCUUCGAGGUGCCAUGACUGGAAGAGCGUCGUUGUGUGGAUCGACAAUCCUGACUUGGAGAUGCCGAAGAUUCUAGGAGUCUCCAUGUCCAAGGGCGACACGGAUUACAGGAAGGAAACUAAAACGUGGCCAUCCAGUUUUGCUGGUUACCGAACGGAGGGUCGGAGAUUCCACCGCACUUACAUCUACGGUUCCAACUCGUCUCUCCGAUUUGAAUAUCAUGUGGAGAUGAGCUCUCCGUAUUUGAAUUUUGCCGUUUGGGAUGGCGAGUACCAGGACUUGAUCAUGUGGGAACAGCUCACGGACCCGGCUCGCGCUGCUUUAAACGACGGCAACAAUUUGAGAAAGCGAAGGUUCCGUUCAGUGAUGAACACUAUGAAGACCACUUGGACAAGGCGUGGCCACUCUAGCCCUAAAAUUUUAGCGGCGAAGAUGUUCAGGGUCUGGAUUUGGAUACUCUAA